UGUGGUCAUGUUCCCUCAGUCUGCACUGAUAGGAGGGCAGAGCUUUCAGUCGGGUGUGUCGGAGCCGUGAGCGGGAGCGCGCCGCCACUUUGUAUCCUUUGGAUAGUUUGUUGCAGUUUGGUCCCAGAUCGCUACAAAGUGUUCGGUCGAGAGAGCGCGGAAAGGCGGGGAGCAUCAUGACCAAAGACCAGCUCAGGCCGCGGCUUUGUGUCAUCAGCAAGGGCCCCAAUGGCUACGGGUUCCAUCUGCACGGGGAGAAGGGCAAGACGGGUCAGUUCAUCCGCCUGGUGGAAGAGAGCUCGCCGUCCGAGGGAGCGGGGCUGAAGGCCGGUGACAGGGUGGUGCAUGUCAAUGGCGACAACGUGGAGCAGGACAGCCACCAGCAAGUGGUGCAGAAGAUCAAGGCAGUGGCCAACGAGACGCGGCUGCUGGUGGUGGACAAGGAGACGGACGAGCUGCUGAAGAGCAUGGGGCUGGAGUGUAAGGAAGAGUAUAUCCACGGCAUCCCGGACCAGGAGCAGGGCGCCGAGCAGCUGCCCGAGCCCAAAGACCCGACACCGGCAGCCGAGCUCAAUCAGGCUGACAGCGUGUCUCAGACGAGCAGCGAUAAGGGAUCGACGGAGGCAGCCAGGGAACUGCGUCCCCGACUCUGCUGCAUACAGAAGGGCUCCAAGGGUUACGGCUUCAACCUUCACAGCGAGAAAUCCAAGACUGGACAGUACAUCCGUGCCGUGGACCCCGACUCUCCAGCAGAACAUUCCGGACUGCUGCCCCAGGACCGCAUCAUCGAGGUGAACAGGAUAAGUGUGGAUGGGAAGCAGCACGCUGACGUGGUGACGGCCAUUAAGAACGGCGGCAUGGAGACCUUGCUGCUGGUCGUCGAUCCAGAAACGGAAGAGUUUUUCAAAAAGUGCAAGAUUUCACCAACGGUUGCCCACCUGACAGGACCUCUGCCCCAGCCGAUUGUGAACGGAGAGGCCGACCAGAAGGCCAACGGGAAUGUGUCGGCACCAGUCACGCCCACAUCAGAGCCGUCUUCCAACUCUUCCUCUUCACCCUCCACCCCAACCACUCCAGCCAGGGAAGCCGGCAGCCACGCGGAGGAGCAGCCCCCCGGUGACGUGGAGACCAAGUUUACCGAGAUGGGCCUGGACCUCAGUACGUCUGCGGCAGCUGCGAAGGAGAGGAUGCGCUCGAAGCGGCUGAGCAAGAAGGCGCCGCAGAUGGACUGGAGCAGGAAGAACGAGCUCUUCAGCAACUUGUAGAGCCGCCCGCCGGGGACUCUCCUCUGCCCGCGCCGCGGUAACUUCACAAAAACGUAAUCUGUCUGGUAAUUUGUUUUCCCAAACCCAGCUAAUCUUAACCAGUGCAUUCCGAGAUAUCUGAUCGGCGAGCACUCCCCAUCUCUGGGUUAAUUAAAUCCCCACCUCCCUCAGGACAAACCCAGGCCUGGCCCACGGUGGUCCCCGGCUGCUGUCAGCUGGGUUAUUGUUCGUGGACUCCCCGUUACCCUGGGAUAGCGGACCCAGACCUGACAUCUCCCUGUGGAUGUGUGUGUGUCAGUCUCCCCGUGGGGUUGUGCGUCAAUCUGUGUGUGUGUGUGUGUGUGUG